AUGGCUUCCAACCAAACCUCUCCCGUUGGUAACGAGAACAUCAAUACCGAUAUCAUCACCCUCUCUCGCUUCUUCACCGAGGAACAGACCAAGUAUCCCGAGGCCUCGGGUGACUUCACCCUCCUUUGCCACGCCCUACAAUUCUCCUUCAAGUCGAUCGCCUACUACAUCCGACGUGCUUCUCUGAUCAACCUGACUGGCCUGGCUGGCUCCUCCAACGUCACCGGUGAUGACCAAAAGAAGCUCGAUGUCAUUGGCAAUGACAUCUUCAUCUCCGCCAUGCGGGGCUCAGGCAAGUGCCGCAUCAUUGUCUCAGAGGAAGAGGAGGAAGUGAUCAAGUUUGACGAGCACCCCGACGCCCGGUACGCCGUGGUCUGCGACCCCAUUGAUGGCUCCUCCAACCUGGACGCUGGUGUCUCCGUCGGCACCAUCUUCGGUAUCUUCCAACUUCCCGACGAGGUCUUGGGCGCUGGCAAGUCUGUCGGCCCCGAGCAAUUGCUUCACCCCGGAACCAGCCUGGUCGCGUCCGGCUUCACCAUGUACGGUGCCUCCGCCCAGCUCGUCAUCACCAUGCGUGGUGGCGGCGUCAACGGCUUCACCCUCGAGAACUCGCUGGGCGAGUUCAUCUUGACCCACCCCAACAUGCGUCUCCCCACUUCCCGCGCCAUCUACUCCGUCAACGAAGGAAACUCCAAGUACUGGGACGACUGGUGCAAGGAGUACUUCAACAGUCUCAAGUACCCCGAGAACGACGGCAAGCCCUACAGCGCCCGUUACAUCGGUAGCAUGGUUGCAGACGCCUACCGUACCCUCCUCUACGGUGGUAUCUUCGCCUACCCCGCCGACUCCAAGAGUCCCAAGGGUAAGCUGCGUAUCCUGUACGAGUGCGCUCCCAUGGCUAUGCUUUUCGAGAACGCUGGCGGUCUCGCUGUCAACUCGCGCAUGGAGCGUCUGAUGGAGGUUUGCCCCGAGCACAUCCACGACAAGAGUGGUGUCUUCCUUGGUUCCAAGGACGAGGUCCAGAAGGUCAUCGACAUGUACAACAAGUUCCAGAAAAAAUAA